UUAUUUUCGAGUCCGGAGAGCAUUUUAAAACGUCCAGCGCCGCCGGUCCGACGUUCAGUGUGUUUCACGUGUCCACCGCGACGUCGUCACAUUGCCCACACUCGACCGUAGCGUUCAUUCGCGUUCAAUCGUUACACCAGCCCAGUACGCGUCCGAGCAUUCCCGUCGGUCCACAGUAAAUACGCACGGAGGCAGGCACCCUGUAAUACCGUCCGGGCCGGACAGCGACAAUACCUCUGCGUACGUAUCGUUUUCCAAUCGCGGCGUUCCGCGUUGUUCAGGUAAGAAUCCGGGAUUUGUUUUCUCGAUUCGCGCGGUGCGCAACCGCGGCGUGGUGUUACGGUAUCCCGGAGCCCCCGGGUGGGUUUUCGGCGGUUUUUUUUUUCUACAACUCCGUCUCUCGCUUAUAAUUCCCCCAUUUAUUUUUUCGGGUCUAAACGACACGCGAUUCGUCGCCAGUCGUGUUACGGGUAUGUUCACCGUUUUCUGCGACGCGCGUUCGUAAUUAUACUAUCCGAAAUUGAAAUAUCUCGCCACGAAGCGUUUGUAUUGUAUUAUUACUUCGCGCCUGGCCAGUAAACGUUCCGUUUGCCCGCAUUGAAAACUUGCCCGGGCUCUCGUGCACCCGGUGUAAACCAGAUGUGUAAUAAUUUCACCCAUAUGUAUAAACUAUAGUUUGUGUAUAAUAUCGUGGUAGAUGUGUAUUAUUCGUUUUUUUUCUUUUCUAUAUGGUGAUGGUAUAAAAUCAAAAACGUCCAACAAAAUCUCUUGUAACGCUAUUGUAAACUAGUUGGAAAAAAAAAAAAAAGAUUCGAAUUAAAAUAUCAACUUGAAACUCGGUCAUUGUGUCACUAUAUUUAAAUCUGCGCAACAGGUUUACGUUCCCGAUCAUCCCAUCAUCCCAUCAUCCGAUUUAAACGCUAUAGCGACAGUUACAAAUAUGCUUAUUGUACGUAUACGUACAAUAUGUAUGUAUACAAAUAUGUACAUCCAGUGCUUUAAACACUAAUUAUGUUUCCGUUGUAUUUUACUUACCGUCUUGUUAUGUCGUGUUUUAUACAGGUAUAUCGCGGUUAAGGACGAAAGAUAGUUUUUUCGAAGAAAAAAAAAUAUUAAUAAUGAUAACCUACUCGAAAAUUCGUAUUCAGUUCUCACCCUUAACCUUAACCGGACGUUUAUGUAAAGAUCGAAAACCAAUGUGUGUACGUAUGCUUAACUAGUCAAGUCUCGAGUUCAGGAGAAUUAUAAAAAGACGAAAAUAAUUAAAACAACUAUGGGUAAUAGUUGUGAAAUCUAACGAAACAAUAUAAAAAAUCUAUUUUACAAUUCGAAUUCAACGCGGGUGUAAAACUCAGUGGCGGCGCUAGGUUUUACGGGACCCUGGACAGUGCUUUAGUUCAGUGGUAACCGACCUUUUUUUUUUCUUUCUACAGAUGGCCGUACAAAAUAACAAUAAUUCUUGGUGGGCCAGCAUUGUAUUUUAUUGUAGGCACAUAUCAAUAAAGGUACAGCGAUUUAUCUAAUUGUUCAUUAUGUUUCGGUUGUUAUGAACGAGUAAAACAUGUAAAGUAUUAUAAACAUGUAUUUUUUUUUUUUUUAACGCGAGUGUUAAUUUUCGAGAUUUGAAGUUAUUUUCUUUUCGAUUUAAUAAUACCUUUGGUGGACCGAUUAAAAGCCGAAACGAGUGCAGGGCUGUGGGCUUAUGUCCCGUUCGCUGGCCUACCCUAGCGCCGGCACUGUUAUAUUGAAACGGUACAAUUUCAGUCGUAUUUGAAAUUCGGAAAUCGUUUACCAAACAGACGCAAUCGUAUAAUCACGUUAAUCGAUGUAGCUGUUGAAUUCCGACAUUUAUGGUGUUUACACCUUUGCGGUGUCGAGGGCUUUCUUAUUUCCGGAACUACAUUAUUUUCGUUUUCCGAAAGAUCUGUACGCGUGCGCGCGCGUGUGUAUAACUUUCGCGCUCUAGUACUACGAUGGCUAAAUAAUAUAGAGGCCUGGAAAAUAAUAAAUACAAAACGCGACGAAUUACCGCGCGUUAUCCGAUGGUAGAUAAUCCGAGAAAUUAUAUUAUUUGUUUAUACAUUCUACGGCCGUAGGUCGGUUUUGAUCAAAGUCACGAUCGACAUUAACGACCGUCACUGAUGCGAGUCAUCGCACGCCCCGAGCAAAACGCUCGGAAUCCGCUCCGGUCCGCGGUCGUAUUUAUUAUUACGAUUUCGAAAUGACGUUUCGGUUUUUUUUUCUGUUUUGUUUAGCAUCCUCGCCUUCCUACCGUCGCUUACUUUGUAAGUGCGCGCGAUGGUGACGUUCUCCCCCGGCCGAUAAGGGAAGUACGCGUACGCAGCUUUCACCGUACGAAUUUCGGACGCGCGCGUCUUCAUCUCUGCGCCGUUUUUUAUUUCUAUUUCCGAGCGAUCACGAUGACGUUUUGUUUUUUAUUCUCCGACCAUUUUACUACCCGUUACUUGGCCCAAACGUGUUGCGUUGGAAACUUUCCGGUAGCGUUUUCGACCCAUAACUGGCGCGCCGAGGGGGUAAUUUCGUUCGGAUUUUCUCACGGUCUUUCCAAAACGAACGGGGAAAAACUGACAAUUCUGUUUUGCAUAUUAUUUUCGUCGGUUUCACGGUCGACUCGGCGACGGCGGACUAACGUAACGCCUACUCCGUUCAGAAUCGUUUUUCCCCAACGGCGGUUUGCCCGUACGAUGUCGCAUUCAAUUACCGUUCAUUUCAGCUUUCCUACCGAAAAAGUGACACACCGACACGUGUCAACAGUGUCUCGGCAUUUUGACGUUUACGAAUAUUUUUUUUUCUCCGUCCAAUUAGAUCACGUAAUACAUACGUCGGUAACAGUCGAUAUAAUAAAAACUCGCACAAGAAUAUUGCACGAUCCGUUAUGCGUGCAUUAUAAUAAUGCGCACGCUGUGGUAGCCGUUUUCUGUAGAUAUUCGUCCAUCCCCCUAUCAUCGAUUUGUAACGGUACCCGUACCGUCCAAUAUCGUCGGCUGUAGACCACCCGAGAAUGAAAAAAAAAAAAAAAAUAAAAAAACGAAACGAUAUUUCGUCCGUCGUCGCCGACGGUUUCCGACCGUCAUUAUAAACAGAUCGUUAUUUAUUUUUUUAUCGUCAACGAAGAAAACGUGUCAAAACGCAAACGCGCAUUUACAUAACGCCGCAGUUACGAUAGUUUUGGCGAAAAUCAAACAUUGUUACCGACUGGCAUAAAUUAUGUGACGGCCGCGCACGUAACAUUGGUUUUGUUUGCGGCACGUCCGAUACGCGUUUCCGUAUCGCCACUUGUCGCCACUGUACGCGGACGAGAGGCGAAAUUAAAGCCGGCGUGUAUCAAACACAGUCCGGUGACGGUGCGCCCGCGGGGUUCAAUUCCACGGGGCGGGCUGAGCUUAAAACAAUUUCUAAAUAACGUUUUCGAAAUUCAUAAUCCGGUACAAUGCCGAUGAAAUUGCCGAUUAUAAUGCACUACGACGACACUUAUCCGGCCGCAGUCGGUCAAUUAUGUCUUUAAUGUUAAUUGUACCCGUUACUGACGGAUGUAUACGAGUUUCCAUUGUACACCAUAUUAAACGUGAAUACUUGUACGGUUAUUUUUUUUUUCGUUAAUUCACGCAUUAAUUACAGGCAUGUAAUUUAAAAAAAAAAAAAAAAGCGCGAAUACAAUGGUGAUUUUACUAAAAAAUAAUUCCCACUCUUUUAAUAAGACACUGUAUUGUUAGAUUAAAAAUUAAACGUAUCUCGAUGUAAAAAAAAAAAAAAAAAUAUUAAAAAAACGAUUCGUUACAUACAUCUCGUUCAUACCUCCUACAGGUGAAAUACUCUUAUUUGCGAAAUGUAUACAAGUCCUUUGGGCGCCCUAAAAUCGACCGAGUUGCCAGUGCUUUUGUACGUUUCGUUAACCGCAGACAGAGAAACUGUACAAAGGCGUCUUAACGCGUAUUCAUUUGCGUUUUAACUUCUUCCUCGUAAAGUUACAAUUGCUUUAUUAUUUUUUUUUUUUUUCGUUAAUUCAGCUCGAAUUUUCAUAUUUUCAUUAACGUAUCGGCCGGCGGGUUUCCGCUGCAUGUCGACGAGUAGCACGGGCCGAAAAGGAUUUCUGUUCGGGGCGGCCAUUGUGAUAACGUCGAGUACAUUUAUGCGCGACGCGAACGAGUAGCGGAGAACGGAAAUGACGAGCGAGAAAAACCGUCCCGACGAAAGACACGGCGUGUUCGGGGGUGGUGGAGAGGGGUUUUUCGAUUUUGGAGAGGGGGGGAGGGUGCGGCGGUAUUUCGCGAAAACCCCAUAGUUAUCGUUUUCAAUACACGCGGUCGCUGUUUUUCCGCGCUCCGAAAAGAACGCGCGGUUCGCGUCGCGCGCGCGUCGGCCCCGCGGAAAAUUCGGCCGCGCCGUGAAACCCGGACGGCCCGAAUCGCGUCUUUGUCGUUGCGCGUGUGCGCCCCGCGAUACGACAAGUCUCCGUUGCCCGUCGCGCCAUCGCGCGACCGUCGACAACAACAACAAAACGACAAUAAUGUGCGGCGGUACGCGUUCCGUAAACGCAUUCGCGCGGUACACCGCGCGUCUCCGGCCGGUCCGCGAACGCAAACAGACCGUAAAUGACUAAUAACGUUGUUUUUAAUGAGUUUUUUUUUUAUUAUUUUUUUUUUUUUCAAAUAACACACCGACGGCGAUAUAUCAUACGGCCGUAUAUUAUAAACGUGUUUAUUUUUUUUUUUUCUAUUCCGCAGACCGUCUUCGCCGCCGCCGCCGUCGCCCGUAAUCAUGAGACCGUUGGCCAUCGUACCGUGUCUGCAGCUGUCGGCCGCGUUAUCGCUGCUGUUGGUGGCCGCCGCCGUGCGCGCGGGUCAUUCCGUUCACGAUCCGAUCGAUUAUUACGUAAGUGCGCAAACAACAAUAAUAAUAAUACUACAAUUAUUAUUACAAUAGUAAAAUUAUUGCCCGGCCCGGGCACCAGUGUAAGUCGCGGGCAGUACACCGCAACAGUCACAAUCGCGUACGGCGACGGCGGUCGCGCCCCAUUGUUUUUGUUGGGUUUUUUUUUUUUUUUUGUAAUUCCGCCGCCGACGCCUUGGAUUCCGCGCGGCACUCCCAACGGUCACGCCCGCGCGAUGAAUAUCGUUGUUCUCGCUCUUCGGUCAAGAAGUGGGCAGCCGCCGGUUUUGUAAGGGCCGGGACGCAGGACCCCCGAGGGCCUCUCGGUUACGGCACGCGGUUGUUUCACGUGUUCCGACGGAAACUGUUCGCACUGCGGAGUGAGUUUUCGUAAAAAUCACGUUCGACCCUCUCUCCCCAAUGCCGUUUUCGCAAUAAUUUCCGACGCCAAAAGUCCGCCUCCCCCCCCCCCAGGGCUUCUAGACGCCGCGAUCCGGCCCCGUUCCCGAAGCGGUUCCACGGUUCAAGUACCGCGAAAAUUCCGAAUUGUUUUCAUCGUGUACGGCGAAGCGAAAAUUAACGUUUCCAAAUCGCACUUCGGUUUCUCGUUUCUGAUCCGAUAACCGCACGCCAAUAAAAUGACCGCGCGCCUCCGAAUACGCGUACACGCGGUGCCUCGAAACCGCGCUCGACGCACACGCCUCUCCGCCGCCGAAUAAAUCGUUUCGUCCUUCGCGGUCCGCGGCGCGACUACCGCGUUUCACAACCGUCCCGGAGACGCGCCCGGCGUACACGCGCAAUUACGCGACGUUUAAGUAAAACACGAAACGCGUGCGGGGGCGUUUAUUGUAAAUGUGCAGCUGUAAUGUUACGUUAUUGGCACUCGGUUUUUUUACGAUUCGGACUUCGAACAAUAAACAAUAAUAACAGCGUACCCGCGCCGGAAGCGUUCCCGCGCUUAUAAACGGUCCGUGCUGCGGUGUAAACGCCCGACUGCCUCGGGGCACGUUGUUGUUACUUCACCAACCGCGUUUUCACGGGGGUUUUUUUUUUUUUUUUUAUUGAAAUUUUCGUUUUGUUUCAUUCUCCGCAGAGUGAACCCAACUAUCAUUUCAAUUACGGCGUCAAGGACUUGCACACGGGCGACCUGAAGAGCCAAUGGGAGCACCGGGAGGGCGACGUGGUCAAAGGUUCGUACAGUCUGAUGGAGCCGGACGGUUCCAUACGGACGGUGGACUACACGGCGGACGCCCACAACGGGUUCAACGCGGUCGUGUCGAAGAGCGGCCACAACGUGCACCCGGCGGCCGCGCCCGCCUACCAUCGCGAGCAACCGUCGCCGUUGACGUACAAACAACAGCCGUUGUUGUCCGCGUACAAACAACAGCCGUUGCUGUCCGCGUACAAACAACAGUCGUUGCCCAAGUACAAACAUCAACAGCACCGUUUCGUCUCGGCGUCUCCGUCGUCGGCGCCCGAAACCGUGUACAAUAACGAGCCGCCGUCCAAGUACCCGCCGCCGUUGUACCGCGGCCUUUACAGCAAGCCGUCGCUGACGGACACCGCGGUCGCCGUCAAUUUCAUGGCGUACUCGAACGGCGCGACGGGCGGUCCGGACGCGGCCGCGGCUUCAGUGACGCCCAAAUACUACGCCGCCCCGGCCGAGUACAACAACGCCGAGGCCGCGCAACCCGAGUACAACAACGCCGAGGCCGCGCAACCCGAUUACGGCAACGCGGACGCCAGAGCCGAAGCAGUCCCGGAUUACUAUUACUACCCGUCUGCCGCGACGCCCGAAGCGGACGCCGAGGUCCUGUCGCUGUCCCCGUCCCCGUCGCCGACGCCCGAUUCCGCCAAAGCCGGUCCGGUGCUGUUCCCGGCCGACAACACCACCGCGGCCGCGGCCACGUCCUCCGAACGGCCGCAGACCGCGUCGCCCACGCCUAUAACUUUGCUCAAGUACGUACCCGAAAACGGACAACAACAACAACCGCAGCAACAACAACAACAACCGCAGCAACCGGUGUACGCCGAUUACAAUUAUUACGCGUAGUCCGCGCGAUCGUUUCAUUUUGGUCGAAAAAAUUGGUAAUUUUAAGUCUCGCUUGCCGUAUUAGAAUUAAUUUUGCGCGUAAAUUUUCCGAGAAAAACAUUUUUUGUUUCUUUCUUUCGGUUUUCGACUAUUUCGGACAAGCGUUUUUUUUUUUCUAAAUUUUUUCAAACCUCGUUAUUCCUUCGCGAUCAAUUAUGCGUACAAAACUAUUAUUCCGUCGCUCAAGCGGCCGCAAAUCGUUAUUACGUUAAAGAUCUACUCGAUUUCUCGUCGUAAUCUGUAAAAAAAAAAAAAAAAUAAAUAAAAAUCUACAAUGUCGAAUCAAAAAAAAAAAAAAACGUAUCGUCCGCGAAUCGCGCACUUGUAAUGUAUUUACCCGUACAAAUAAACGGGACAAGUACCCGGUAGAGUGGAACGUGAGAAGACGUGCGUGUAUUAGGUGUAUUUUUUAAUGUUAACCGCGACCAAAUAUAUUUUAUUUUUGUAUUUUUUUAUACGUAUAAGUUAAGAUAGUAAUUAUUGUUUUUUUUUUUUUUAAUUAUUUUUCGAUAGUCUUGUUCGUAACGAAGUGCAAUAUUUUACUUUUAAGUUUUUUAAUUUUAAUUUUUUAUUUUUGUAAUAAUGUUUUACAUAUUUUAUUGUGACCGCGAACCGCGCGUAUAAAUCGUAUUUCAUUGUCCUUAGCUCGUAUUAUUAUUAUUAUUAUUAUUUAUAAUUUAAAACGCGAGUUUUCGUGUAAUUAUACGCGUAUCGAAUUGUUUGACAAUAA